AUGAUGGAAAAUACCUUCAAUAUUUUUUUUUCAAAAUUUAAAACAUAAAAUUGAUCAUUUUGCCGAAACGAAAGACAUACAUGAGAAUUACGACGCGUCUAACGACGCACGCGCGCUUUUUACACUGAAACUGAUCUCUACGUAAGAUAUUAAUUACAACAAGUAGGAGAAAUAUUUCGGUAUAACGCACGACACACCGUAGAGCGGUUUGAAUUGAGCGCUCCGCGCGCCAUAACGCGCGGCUGACGUGCGAAAGUGUGCAUUAUUUGGGAAAUAUAAGAGCGGCGGCAUCGCGGAUCGAUAUGGCGGCGAGCGUGGAGUAAAUUGUCCGUAUUCUCGCGCGAUAUAUAGAACCACGAGAAUGUCGCGGUAUCGCGCACGACGCAGCAUCUCGCUCGCAGUCCGGGCGAGCACGCGGUCGGCUCUUAACCGCGUUUGAAUCGGAGCGCCCUUCGCGCCAUUCCCCGCGGCAGAUGCACGAAGGUCAGAAGUAUUUUAAAAAUAAGGCCGUAGGCAUUGGCAGAUUGGUAUGGCAGUGGACGUUAAGGGUCGGGUGGCGUUGUAAUGGCAAAAAGUUUGCGAAAGGGUCGGGAUUGGAGAUAGACAAGAUGGACCAGCAGUAUUGCCUACGGUGGAACAAUCAUCCAGCCAACCUCACAGACGUUCUCAGCUCGCUGCUUGAAAGAGAAGCACUCUGUGAUGUGACCCUGGCCUGUGUUGGAGACACAUUCAAAGCACACCAGACGAUACUCUCUGCAUGCAGUCCGUAUUUUGAGAGCAUUUUCCUACAGAACACCCAUCCCCAUCCAAUCAUAUUCCUUAAGGAUGUGAAUGACAAGGAGAUGAGGGCAUUGCUGCACUUUAUGUAUAAGGGCGAAGUUAACGUUAGUCAGCAUCUGCUACCCAUGUUCCUGAAAACAGCAGAGGCAUUGCAGAUCAGAGGCCUCACUGAUAAUAGUGUAAAUAACAAGACGGAGGAAAAGAGUCCAUCGCCAGAGCCAGAAACGCAAACCGGAAUCAGACAUACUGAUUCGCCUAACCUCCAGUCUCAUCCUGAGAAAAGGAAAAGAAAACUUUCAGGCAGCUAUGAUGUUUCCCUUACUGGCCCACCUAGUGAACGGUUCUUAUCUGAUUCUCAGACAUCCUCGCAGUGUAGUUACAAAUCAAGUCCUCCUGUGAUUCCAAAGCUAAAUAAUGCCCUGGGAGUUGAUAUGGAAGAUGGUGGUCGACCCAUGUCCCCUGCAUCACAACCGCAGGCUCCUAUAAAACAAGAGGUGGAUCACCACUUGCCUGACUUCCAUGACAAUAUUUCCCUCCCUGGUCACCCAGUUGGACUGAUAGGAGAAGACGGAGGACCUACAACGGGUGCGCUCAGCGACGGUGUUCAGGGGAUUGAAUCAUCUGAGCACCAUAAUCCACCGGAGAUGCUCGACGGACUCGAUGGAACAGCAAGGACUUACAAAAAAGAGAAGGAUAUAAGUAGAGACAAUCGCACUAAGUUAGAGCAUCCGCAGAGCACGAGGUGCAACAUGUGCGGCAAGAGCGUGACCAACAUAAAAAAGCACAUGAAAUCGCACUAUCCCGAAAAGUACCAAUGCGAAAUCUGUAUGAUAUCGUUGACCAGGUCCGACAAUCUCAAAAGGCACAUGAAAUUGAAACACUCGUCCUUGGUGCCGUCGCUUAUGCGCUUGCAGCACAAGCAUUUCUUAACGAAACCGAAGUCGGGUUUCUUCACCCCGAGUGAUGUGAAAUACACCUAGUGGCCGACUCGAGUCGCACGUCACACGUAACGUGCGCCACGUGCAAACUAAAGCGAACCGCGGGACUAAGCAAGGAUCCCAGAAUUCUCUGGGUCUCCACUCAUCCUCGGACCUGUCGUCCACGGAUGCUUGGAUCCUUCGAUUCCGCGCGGAUCUCUCGGUACAUAAUUUAUUUUUUAUCAUAAUGGUGUAAGUUUGGUGGAAUUCGCGCGCGCAUGCAUUCGCAGAGAAAGAGCCGAUCACCGUUGAGAGUGACGCGCUGAUCAGAACGCGCGUCUCAUCGUCAUCGUGCGCGAUGCCAUCAGCGCGUAAUUUAGUAAUUGCAAUCGGCCAUGAUUGACGCGCACGAAGCACCUACCCUGCUUAAAAUGGUGCGUAGAGAAGAUAGUGGAAAAUGCUCUUCUUUUCAAUGCGAACCUUGCAUCUCCUUCUUCAGGACGCGCUUCAGAAAUUUCCUAAGUAAAUUGUACUAUCGUAUCCUUUGUAAAUAUAUGUUAAUUAUAUGCUUUAAUAUAUACUUACAAAGGAUAUGAUGUAAUACAAUUUACUUUUGAAAUCUCUGAAAUGCGUUCCGAAAGAAAGGGACGAUACAAAGUCGCUAUCAGAAAGGAAAGCCAGCAUUUUCUAUCGUUCUCUAUUGCCGCCAUUUUAAGCAGGAUGUGCCAUCCCAUCGUCGUGCCGCGCGACUAACUGGAUCAUAGAUUAGCGUGCUGUGUUGCGCGCGUUUUUUUCCUUUAUAUUUAUAGUAAUAUUUACACAAAUGUAUUUAUUCUCUCGUGCGUUCACAUAGAUACUAAUAUUUAACUCUAACGAGUAAGAGACGCGGAGGGCCCGUUCUUCCGCCGCGAAGAAGCCGAGGCUCCUCUUUAGGUUUACGUAUCAGUGGAUUGUUCACGUAGAAUCAAUGGCCGGAGAGAUCUCAGCGAAAGUAUAAUUCGAGUACAAAACUUUAUAAUCGUCUUCUACCUCCCCGUCGAUCGUUUGGUGCGCGUAGAGAGUACCGAGUUCCGAGUACGGAAAGAUGAGUUUUAACGUUCCUCCAAGAUUACGGACGGGCUCCCGAUCCCGUAAUCGUCGCCUCCGUCACGCUGAAAUCCUCGAGUCACACCGGCCGCCCGAGGACUCGCCGGGGAUUCGCCGAUCCUCGGCUUCCUCGGGCGCGGCGGGGUUUCCGGAUUUCCGGCUUUUCGGACACUAGUAUUUUUCGGCUAUCGUCUGCGCUGUGAGCGCAGCAAGACAAUAUAUUGAGGAGUAAUUUUACAUACACGUGUCGCGCGAAACGCGUUCUGCACCAUUCAUGUUAUCCCGGGAAUCUCUUCUCACAAGAGAGUCCAGCUCAAGGACAAACUCGCAAAUUGUCUCAAUUGUAAGACUUGAAAAUCCUCUAUUUGAAACACUGAAAAAAUAGAUCUUUCGUAAGAAGAACUUGCAGAAACGUGUAUUUCACAUUAUCGACAGAUCUUCGUGAUCCCUCGCGUUCCUUAAUCUCCGCGCGACUGAAAGAUGGUGCAAAACGUUCUUCUGCCGACGCGCGUGUAUAUAUGAUAUAUAUUUUAUAUUUAUACGUCGUAGAGGUUGUGAAUCAUAUUCGAAGACUGAUCUCUGUGAGUCGUCGUGACUCGCACAAAAAUAGUCAUAAUGAACUAGUCCCGCAGGCCCAUAGGCUAUCGUGAAAGAGAAAGAAAAAAACGAAAGAAAAGCAGGAGGAGCGAGAGAGAAAGAAAGAAAAAGUAAGAUCAAUGAAAAGUAGAUGGACAAAACAGGCUUUUUACGAGCUCACUUAUGGUGCCUUUUGUUUAAGUACAAUGAUAAUCGUGAAAUCGAUACAGUGAAAUCGGUAAAUGAUAAUAAUAACUGAUCGUAGUAAGAGCAACGAAUAUACCUCCCUUAGGCAGUGCAUGGUCACACGUUCAUAGCCCUUCACGUAGUCAUUACGCGAUACGUAAUUAUGUAGUCUCUCCCCCCCCUCCCCCCCCGCCGACAUUUCUAUCCGCGCGUCGUCCGCUGUCGUUCUCGACGGACGCCCGCGUCGUCCGCGGCAGGAAUGGCGUCGAGCCAGUUUUUUAACCUACGUUCUUUCCCUCUAUUUGCAGAUGCGACACUUUUAGCUCUUCGAGCCAUUGAAUUCGCGCCAAUAUCGGGAUGUAAGAUCGGAGUAAAUAUGUCGUCGUCUCGUAGUUUUUCGGAAAGGGACGUCGCGCGACACACUCGUCGCGCUCGUGCUCCUUCACGUUUAAUGAGGAUAGCCGUCGUUUUCUUUCAGCCCUCCUCUUGCCCAGCGCGACGAUUAUCCGGAAUACCCGGCGCCGAUUAUAGGUCGCCGCGUUAUCUUAAUCGGAAUCGGAAACUUUACUCUAGUCGAAACCGCGGGAGAGGAUUACCGCGUAGAAUUAAGCUGAGUUGUACACAAGCUCCGCAGGAUUAGGUGUAAUAAGGUCGCCCUCGUACUCGUGACACCCUCUAACUAUCGGGGGCUCUUCACCCUCUCCCCUUGUCGUCGUCGUCGUCGUCGUCGUCGUCGUCGUCGUCGUCGUCGUCGUCGUCGUUGUCGCCAUGACUUCUCCGGGGAAUUCCAGCGUGGUCUCUCCGCGAUUUUUCGCAACAUUCCCGCGGCCGACGCGACGCGACGAACUUUUGCUAUCUGUACGUCCGCACAAAGCGACGCCCGUGGUUUCACGGGAGUGCACCGACGACGUUUGUUCCUCUUCCCUCCAGCCUUCUCUCACACUCGCGCACGCAUUACGCAACGACAGAACGUCGUCUCGUUUCUCCCCUUGCGCGCGCUCUCUUUCUCCCUCGCCGAGCGGAUGUGUUCUGGCAACGUCACGGUUUCCGGAACCUGCAAAAAAUGGACAGCCCGGGCGAACUCUCGGGAGCGGCGGAGUCCACUUAUAUUUCACCGCCGGGGCACUUACUUCGAUUGUGAACAGUGGCCGCAAAAUAUGAUACGAGAACUUUCCACAUUGCUUGUUUCAUUUUUGCCCCCGUCCGCCACCUUCCGCGCACGAGCGUCUUCUUCUCGCGUGCUCCGCCUUCUCCUUGGCGGCUGCGAGAUUUCUUGGACCUCGUUCCCCUUGGCUUUUGUCGCUCUCAAUAUUUAGAAGGCAUCUCGUGUCGUAAUGUAUUUCAUGUAAACGUCAGAUUCUCCGUGCUCGUCGCGUGAAUCAUCUCGUUCCGUUCACGAGGCUCGAGAGAUCGCAGUCGCGAUCUCUCUGAGAUCCAAGUUUCCAGCCACGCUCCUCGUGUUCUUCUCCCAUGGCACGAGCCACGUACAAACACUUUUCGCAAGAUAAAACCGCGCGAUAGUGGUUCCGUGACAUCGAUUGCGACCGAAUGGUACGUAAUAAAAAUUGCAAGAGUCUGAAGCCGCAUAGCUCUGUCAAUGACAUGAGUAUCGACUACUCGCGCGUUGUGGCAGUCGGACAAACAAACAAGCAUGCUCGUCCAUGACAGCAAUGUCGAUCUUGAAACCCGAAUUGCACGAGAAUCGCUGUAGUGCCUCUCGCGCCAAAUAAUAACUACUGUCGUGUUUGAUACUAUUUUUUUUUUUCAAUUAACAACUCCACAAUCCUUUUGUUUUAGCCACCAAGUAGUCAUCGUAUCGUGUUAAGCGCGUAAAUCGUCCCCUCGCGGACGCGAGUAUCCUUCUCAAGCAUCAGUCAAACUCAUUCACGUAUCGAAAAUAGAAAGAUAUUGUAAAAGUAUAAAUUUGUAAGGUAAGCAAUAUAAUUAUUGACUCAUUACAAUCGUUGGCAAGAUAUAUGGAAAAUCUUAAGAUUUAAACUUUCCACAUAAAAUAUAUAGAUAUACAUUCAAUAUAUAUAAUUUUUUUUAUAUUGAAAGUUUGGAUAUUUAUAUUUCAAGACCAAAACAGAAUAUGCAGAAUUAAAUUACAUCCAGAUAAUUGAUAGAGGAAACCGGGGCUAGUUGUCACACUUUUCACAUAUUGAUUAAAAGAAAAAGUUUUGUGCAAUAUUUUUUCAAUUUUAAUUUUUGAGAUUCCGAAACCAACGGAUUAGUAAAAAUAGAGGAAUUAUAUUUAAUUUAAUAAGAAAAUUAAUAGAAGAACUAAUAAAAUUAAUAAGUAAAAAUUAAUAAGUAUUCACUUCGUCCAAUUUUGCAAAAGUCUUUGUAAAUAUCACAUGUAUAUGAUGUUUCUGUCAUAAGCCAUUUCAUAUAUCCAACUAACAUGAUACAAGAAGAAUAUGCUCGCCCAUUUUUUACAUGAGAUAUUUAAAUUUUGUAACAAUUGACUCGUUUAAUUUCUAAACCUGGUCUCCCCUACUUUGAUUCUUGCCAAAUAACAAGACUCACACGAGUUUUGCACGAUGCUCGGUGCUUUUACUGUACGCGAUCGCGUGUGGAAUUUGUAAUUUACUCGAUGGAUCCGCCUAUUCGCACUGGAUUCUCAAGUCGCCGAACCCCGUCUCGCCGUAACGAGGAGGAAUACGUAGUCACGAAGCCGACAAUUCGGAUCCGGUAAUAUUAAUGUCGCGAGAAUGUCGGGGCCAUGACGUGCGGGGGUAAGAGAUCGGAGGCUGCUGCAUUUGUAUCUCGUACGGCCCGGAGACGUGCUCUCGCGUCUCGAGCCAGACGCACCUCGUGUCGUAACUUUGCGACCUUUAAUGGCGGAAAGCCGUCCGUCCAUCCGUCUCUCCGCCUGUGGUGAAGCGACGGACGGCGUUGCUCUGCAUUAGCAGACCGAGCUCGGCAGGACCCAAAUGGAAAUUAGUAUCGCGCGACUUUCCCCGCCCCGCGCUCACGCGCUGCACGGUCAAAGGGCUCUCCACGCGGCUGGGGCGAUAAAAAGCUCAACAGCAUUUUGCAUCCCCCUACAAUAGCUCGGUCCAUCGAUCCAUCGUUGCAUCUAAUUAUACAGGCCGCCCUUCAUUACCCUAAUUACUCUCGCAACGCGGUGUCUUCUGUCCUCGAUUUCAUCGAUCCGCUCCGACAUCCUUUAUGCCACUUCGAUCGGAGUGAUCGCGGACGUAUUUUUAUAAAUUAAAAUACUCGUGGACGCGAGGGCGAUCUGGUGUGCAUUGCAUCGUCUUUUCUCUCUCGCUCUAUGUUAACCCUCUGCGUUGGAUCUGUGAGACCCGAACGAAUAUUCUAUCGAACGAAUAUCUAUUCAUUAGCUUUCUUAAAGUAUUCGGGAAAAUUUCGAAAUAGCGCAAAUAUGUUUGCAGAUUUUGAUUUUAUUGUGCGUUGCUAUUUUACGGCUUUUCUACACAGCGAAAAAUAUUUGGGUGUAUUGACAUGAAGCUUGGCUUUCAUGGACGAACCGUUUUAUUUGAAAAAUAUAGAAUUUCUAGGGUUUUUAUGACCCAAAUUUGAUUCUAAGUACCAGAAAUUUUGUUUCUUUCAACUAAAACGCGUCGUCCAUUACAACCAAACUCUUCAUGUUUAACCCGUAACAGGUACGAUGCCUUUUUAAUCAAACUAUAGGUACAGUGGGAUCCGGUGGACCCCAAUAAAUUUUUGCUAUUUUUAACUAUUUAAUGAUAAUAAAAAGUAGAAAGAAAAACGCUUUAUAAUUCGAAAAUAAUACUUUACGAACAUUAUAUUACAACUAGACAUAUAUAAUAACAG